AUGUGGAUAGUACACCAUAAAGGUGAUCUCAGAGGAGAAACGCGUGUAUUACCUCCUGAAACCAAUUUGUCCCUUGGUAGAUUUGAAGUUCAUGAUUUCACAUUUAAUUCAAGAAAAUGUGCUAGAGAAUUAUUACAAAUAGUUACAGGUCCCUCAUCAAAUAAUAGCAAAACAUCAUUAACAAUAUAUAUUCAAUCAAGAGCUAAAAGUUUCAUAAAUGGAGACGUUAUAAGAUUGAAGAAAGGAGAAAAUCCAAGAGAACUAGAUUAUUCUUCACAAAAUAAAAUUGUAAUUGAAUGUGAACAAGAUGAUGAUCCAAGCGGUAACCCCGAUGCUCCUUUGGUUAUUAAAUGGGUAAAUAUAAAAUUAUUCAUUGAUACCAAAGAUGAAUUAGUUGAUCAAUUAAAAAAAUUAAAAAUGGAUUUAUUAAUAGUUGAUAAUGUUAAUGAUGCAACUCAUUUAUAUACAAAUAAAGCAGUUCCUGAUCUGAGUGAAUUUAAAAAAGCUAUAGUGCUAGGGAAACAAAUAGUUAAUGAUACUUGGUUAGAAGCAUUAAUUGCAAAUCCAAAUGAUGUUGAUAACUGGUUAUUGAAAUGUCAAGAUACUAAAUAUUUACCGGAUAAUAAUAGUUUAUACUCACCAGCAACAAGAAAAUUUUUCGAUUUAAAAGUUUUGUCUUUUGAACCACUUGAGUGGCUAGAUAGUGAAGUAGUAGAACAAAAAGAGGAGGAUAUAAAAUCAAAAGCAAAUGAUUCAGAAUUUGUUUUAGUUAGUUCAAAAGAUUUCAUGGGUUUGCAAUCAAUUGAUGAAACUGGAUUAUGGAUUAAAAUCAUUAAUAAUGAUUUAAAUACUAUACCGACAAACACAAUCAAGAAUUUAAAAAGAUCAGCAACGUCACAAGUGCCAACGGAAUCGAGUUCCAGAAAGAGAAGAAAAUAUGAAAAAGUUGAUAAAUUACAUUUCUUCUCAUUAGGUGCUACAUCAACACCAAUACCAGAAAGUAUAACCCAACCACCACCAAUAUCACAGCCAGAACAACCGCAAAGAAAAGAAUCAGAGGAAUCGAGGACAGAAACUCCAGAAACAGAACCAACUCCAGAUUCAAAAACCCAAGAAAUAAUUCCAUUUAAUACACCCAAACUCACAAAAUCAACAGUAGUUAAAGUUAAAGAGGAACCCGAAGAUGAACCACCAAUUAAUUAUAAAAAACGACAAAAUGAAUCAUUUACAAAUCAUCAACCUCCAAAAGUACCAAAAUUUAUGCCAAAAGUAUCAUUUGCUGACGCGGUUAUACAAGCAAGAAAUACACUGGCUCAAAAAUGGAAUAAAGAAAUGGGAAUAGUUGAAAAAGAUGAAGAUGAAGAAGAAGAAUUUACAGAAGAUUUAUCUAAUUUAGCUAUUGUUGAAGUUGUUGAUAUGCCGUUAAGAGAAAAGCCAGUACCACAAACUGAAGAUAUAAAUGUCAACAUCAAUGUUAAUGUGAAAAAUUUCAAAAGAUUUAGGAAAAACAAACCACCAACACAACAUAAAGAUCGUCCAGUUAUUGAAAUGACUAUAUCUGAUACAAAUGUAUAUACUCCUAAGUCGAAGAGAAAAGAAACUAAAGUAGAUACUGAAUUCAAUGGUCUUAUGAACGAAGUUCGUGGGUUUCAUCCAACUCCGCUAUUUAUUGAGGACAGUGAUGAUGAUGACUACGACGAAGGUGAUGAAGGGAUGGAUGAUGGAGAAGCACUGACGUUUAAGAAUUUUACUAAUCGUUCAUCAACUACAAAGACUAAUGAUCAUGACACAAUAGCAAGAUUUAAUUCUAACGAAAGAUCUAGUAUCAAUACAAACUAUAAUAGCAAUAACAAUAAUGAACCUGAUGAAGAUGAUGAUGAUGACGAAGAUGAUGAUGAUCAACCAAAAUUUGGAUUUAGUAGAUAA